AUGGGCAGCAGUAGCAAAAACACAUCUACGGCGGAGGGAGCAACAGCAGCAGGAAUGGAUCUAGAACAAGACGACUCGGAUGACGAGGCGCUGCUUGAUGACAUGGACGAUGACGAUGAUCCUGUUCAGAAAUUGGAAGAUGCUGCCGAUGAAUUGCUUGGCUCGAUGAAGAACUUCGUUCGUACGGGGGAUUUGAACAAAAAACGCUCAUUAGAUGAUGAUGAUGACGAUGAACGAGAUAGGAGCUGGUAG